GAAAGCCAAACCUUAACUGGAAGAUGAGGAUCUAACAAGCAGUGAGAAAUGUAGUUGCCUGACGAGGACAGCGUACAAGAGAACUGGAAAGUGGUCGGAGUCUGUACAUGUCCGCCCUCCGCAGAAUGUAUCUCCGCCUCCUUCUGCUGACCCUGCUGACUGGACACUCGACAUCGGAAGUUAUACUAUCUAUAUGUCGCUAUGCGCUAGGGAUGCAUGAAAGGACAAUACGUGAUGAGGAUAUCACUGCUUCUAGUCAGUGGUAUGAGUCAACGGGGCCACAUUGUGCAAGGCUUCAGCGGGAGGAAGGUGAUGGGGCUUGGUGCCCUGCGGGUUUGCUUCAGCCAAAAGAUGUCCAGUUCUUACAGAUACAUCUACACAAACUCUAUUUCAUUACACUGAUUGGAACUCAAGGACGUCAUGCUCGAGCCACCGGUAAAGAGUUUGCAAGAUUCUACCGUGUGGACUACAGCCGGAAUGGAGAAAGGUGGCUUUCGUGGAAGGACCACCAAGGCCAGCAGAUAAUCAAAGGCAAUGUUGAUGAGUAUGAAGUGGUCCUGAAUGACCUGAGACCCCCAAUUAUUGCCAGUCACAUCCGAGUCAUCCCUGUCACCGAGGUCCCCAUGACCGUGUGUAUGAGGGUAGAGUUAUACGGCUGCGGCUGGUAUGAUGGUCUGAAGUCCUACAGUAUUCCAGAAGGAGAGACCUAUAUGGCUCCAGGGCAUCCAGUAGCAUAUCUAAAUGACUCCACCUAUGAUGGAUACCUGGAGAAGAGGCGGCUUUUUGACGGUUUAGGACAGCUGACGGAUGGUGUGCUGGGGUUGGACGACUUCACACAGAGCCACCAAUAUCGGGUCUGGCCAGGCUAUGAUUACGUUGGCUGGAAAAAUGAAAGUACGCGCAACGGAUAUGUGGAAAUAGAGUUCCAGUUUGAUAGGCCGAGAAACUUCACUUCCAUGAAGGUCCACUGUAACAACAUGUUCAGUAAAGGGGUGAAGAUCUUCCAGAGGGCGGAGUGCCUCUUUAAGUCACGCCAACAGUCUGACUGGGGGCCAGAUUCAGUGGGGGUGGUGACAGUGCUGGAUGACAAGAACCCAAGUUCACGGUUCGUCAUAAUCCCGUUACAGCAACGAGUGGGGAGCUUCAUCCUUUGUAGGUUUUACUUCGCUGACACGUGGAUAAUGUUCAGUGAAAUCUCCUUCCAGUCAGAUAUGGACAUUGCAAUGCCCACCAGUGUCACUCUGGCUCCUACUACUGUCCAGGCAGCCACCACUGAAACCCCGUUCCUCAAUACUACUGAGAGAAAUUUGGAAACCACUUUCCCGUUCACCAUCAGCCGACCCGUGGUCAAAAUUGAUGAGCCUAAAACAUCCGUUCUGAUUGGCUGUUUGGUGGCCAUAAUUCUCCUACUUAUUGUUAUAAUAGUUUUAAUCCUGUGGAAGCAAUACAUACAGAAGCGGCUGGAAAAGGCUCCACGUCGGAUUCUGGAAGAAGACGCCACUGUUCGCCUUUCCUUCUAUAGCUACACAAUUGGCAGCAACAACCAGACUCAAAUCCACCAGUCCAACCCAACAUAUGAAAGGAUAUUCCCUCUGGAUCUUGACUACCAGCAACCCACCAAACCACUGCGCAAGCUUCCCGAACUAUCACAGAGUGCUGAGGAUUCAGCCUGCAGCGGAGACUACGCUGAGCCAGACCUGACCAAGUCCACCCCGCACCAGGGAUUUCAGAACAGCGUCCCUCACUACGCAGAAACGGAUAUUGUCAAUCUUCAGGGGGUGACAGGGAACACCAUGUACGCUGUGCCUGCCCUCACCGUGGACUCGCUCACUAAGAAGGACAUCAGUGUAGGCGAAUUCCCACGCAACCAGUUGCGGAUGAAAGAGAAACUUGGCGAGGGUCAGUUUGGAGAGGUCCACCUGUGUGAGGUCGAGGGGCUUCAAGACUUUCUGGAAAUGUCCUCAAGUGACUGCAGCAAUCAGCCCGUUCCGGUUGCCGUGAAGAUGCUGAGAGCCAAUGUUACCAAAACCGCUAGAAAAGACUUUCUGAAAGAAAUAAAGAUCAUCUCUAGGUUGAAGCAUCCAAACAUUAUUCGCUUGUUGGGUGUCUGCGUCCGGGAUGACCCCUUGUGUAUGAUAACGGAGUAUAUGGAGAAUGGAGAUCUCAACCAAUUUCUCUCCCAACGAGAGAUCCGCAGCCAGUUCACCACUGCUAACAACAUCCCGUCUGUUAGCCCCCACAACCUUUUAUACAUGGCCACACAGAUUGCUUCUGGAAUGAAGUAUCUUGCUUCGCUGAACUUUGUACACAGAGACUUGGCCACACGGAACUGCCUGGUGGGAAAUAAUCACACACUCAAGAUUGCAGACUUCGGGAUGAGUCGGAACCUUUACAGUGGAGAUUAUUAUCGUAUCCAGGGCCGAGCGGUGCUUCCAAUUCGCUGGAUGGCCUGGGAAAGUAUUCUUCUAGGAAAGUUCACAACAUCCAGCGACGUUUGGGCAUUUGGGGUCACCUUAUGGGAGAUGUUUACCUUGUGUAAAGAACAACCAUACAGCGUUUUGUCUGAUGAGCAGGUGAUUGAGAACACGGGGGAGUUUUUCAGGGACCAAGGAAGACAGAUCUAUCUCUCUCAGACACCCCUGUGUCCCACCCCCAUCUUUGACCUGAUGAUGAAAUGCUGGAGUAGGGACAUAAAGGACCGGUCUACGUUUGAGGUUAUCCACCACUUUCUGAUAGAGCAACUGGAUGCCAUUGUGUAAACUCCCACCGAACAAUCAACCUGGAAGAUGCAGGUCUUCAAUGUACCCAACUCAUCUGGAGCUAUACUGGACAGAGCCUUAGUUUUCUAGAUGUAGAUGUACAAGAGACAAUGUUCUCCUGUGGCGCCGGUCAAGUUUACCGGAAACCUCCGCAUAUUCAUGACUUCCGGCUUCCCCAGCAGUUAAUGCAACUGAUCUUAGGGUGAUGAAGCAAGGCGGUAUCUCCCUCAAAGGGGAGCACCCCAGCUGGGAUUGAGGACUGGAAUUAAGAUGUGAGAAGUAGGACAAUGCCCUACUAAAGAGUACCACUACAGUCUGUGUAUGUGUAUAUAAGUGUAUGGGGAGGGAAUGUGUCCAAAUAUCAAGUGAGCAAAUUGCCAUUACACAGAUCCAGAGGAAAUUGUGGUGUAUUUAUUUUGCCCUGUGUUGUACAUAAACAAAGGAACCGGUAUCACCUUAAUGAAUCAGAGAAUUAAAAUCCAUUGUGAUUAGUGUUGGAUACUCUGGCUGCAAUCAGCCAUGAUUUAAAGGGUCACUAAUUCCAUAGUCUUUUAGUUUCCCUUUG